AUGUCGAAAAACAAGGAGCUGGUUCUCACUCCGGACCAAGCACGCCAGCUUGAGAAGGACAGCCGGCAGCAGUCGAAGAGCGCUACAUGGAAGGCUGCUCGCACCAACAGACUCACAGCGUCUUCCUUCGGAUCUGUCCUGAUUAGAGAAUCGUGGACUGAUGUCGGGCUUCGGAACCUCACUGAAAAGAAGGACUUGUCUCGAGUCAAGGCAGUCAAGCGUGGUAUCACCCAGGAGCCCCAUGCCGUGAGGCACUACGAAAAGACUCUGCGGUCUUGUGGUCACCAGAUCCAGACCACCUGCUGUGGCCUCAUGGUGAACCCCUCUUCGCCAUGGUUGGGAGCGUCCCCAGACAGGCGCGUUUUUGAUCCAGCCGAGACACCCCCUCACGCGGUUGUCGAGGUCAAGUGCCCCUACACUAUGUGGAACCGUGACACCCCUGACUCCAAGAGCUUUUUUGUAGUAAAGGAUGCCGCAGGCGUAUACAGGCUAAAGCGUGACCAUAGCCAUUACUACCAGCUAUUGGGACAGAUGGCCCUUUCUGGCGUCACCUGGGGAGACUUUGUGGUAUAUUGUAAAAACUUCUUGAUCAUAGAACGGAUUCGAUUUUGCCCUUCUGGCUGGAUUAAGUGCAAGGAGGUGCUCGACAAGUUCUAUUUUGAGACUCUACUACCCUAUCAAGUGGGUAGGCCAGACCAGUGAGAACUUCGACCUGGUCAAGAGGGUGCUAGUUAGGUUACAAGAAUAACUGACAGAAAGCAAAAAAGUAUGAAUGCAGAAUAGGCUAUGUUUGCAACCAACAGAAGAAGCAUUUAUUAACAAAACUGAACAGUUGGAGAGCCUUUGCCCAUCGCAUAACUCUCCGUGCAACCGUCGGGGCUUGUCGGCGAUUGUUUACACUGCCAGUUGGGUACACGCCUCAACCUGCUUUGGUAAUUUUCAGUACCUUUCUUAGUGUAUUUCCUAGAACACUCCGUGUA